UGGUUCCCCACUCGGAAGCAACCAAAUUCACUCCACUCUACUCUACUCAACUCUUCCCCCCAACAAACACACUCACCCGACUCGUCGCUAUGAACUCCUUCUCAGUGUUCUUAGUGUUCGCUCUGGCUGCUUUGGUCGCGGCAGAGCCACCAUCUGGAUAUAACUAUCCCCGCGGCGGAGGCGGUGGUGGUGGCGGCGGAUUCGGAGGUGGCUUCGGCGGCGGUUUCGGAGGCGGCGGCGGUGGUGGCGGCGGUGGCUACCAGGCUGUGAGCGGCGGCUUCCAGACCUCCGAAGGCCAGAACGUGGAUCCCCAGCUCCUUGAGCAGGUUCGUCAAAUCCUUCUGAACGAGGAGAGCAAGCAGGGCGGUGGUGGAGGUGGUGGUGGUGGCGGCGGCGGCGGCUAUCCUAGUGGCCCGUCUAGCAGCUACGGCCCUCCUUCCACCAGCUACGGAGCACCAGGCAUCGGAGGCGGUGGCCGUGUUGUCGGCAUCGAUCUGGAGGGAGUACGCCAAGCCAUUCAGGUGGCCCAGUUCGCCCAGCAGAGCUCCCAGCAGGGAGGUGGUGGCGGUGGAUACCCAAGUGCCCCAUCCGGAUCUUAUGGAGCCCCAUCGAGGCCCAGCGGCAGCUACGGAGCGCCCUUCUAGAUCCCGCAAGGUCUCACAUCCAAAAGACACAUCUCUCUGCCAAAAAUGAAUACCGACGGACACACGAAACCGACAAAGACGACACCAACACUAUAUGAAUUUGGGCAUCCUGGGCCCAGAAAAGGAACUACCGAUCCACUCUGAACCCGAGAAAACUGGUGAUCGUUUCCCUUCUUAAGCCCCCUUCCAAAACUCAGCGACUGUACCUCUCAGUUUUCCAACACUCCGUUCCCCCGAGAACCUCAAACCCAAUUUCCACUUGAAUUUCGGCUCGUACCCUCACGAAUCUCGAAAUCGGGGCUUCGUUUCGGACUUUUCCCGUAACCUUUGUAAAUAGUUAUCUCACAGUACACGAAUACAAGAGAAACCGAACACGAAAGCCACACACAGUAACACCCACAACACCAAGAUGGAAAGAUGAAAAGACACCCCAGACAGUGUUAUAACGCAUUAUUAGUUCGUAAGUGUUUUUAUUUUAUAUGAAACAAACAAAGAAACAACAAAAAAAUAUGAAAACAAUAAAAAAAAUAGUAAAUUU